AUAUGGAUGCAAAUGGAGGACAUGACUGAGUGAGGUAAGAGGAUACAGAGGACAGAGUGAGRUAGAGGAGGUGAGCUCACUGGACACUCUUUCAAAGGGACUAGCCGAAAGCAAAAGAAUUGUUGCCCCCCUGGUGACGCCAACGACAAAGGGCCCAAAGGUUUAUGUGUAUGUGUGUGUGGCAGUGGGGAGGGGGGUGUAUCUGGGAGUGGUCAGAAUCUGUGGGAAAACAAAGGAGGAGCAAACAGGAUGAACCUGAGUCCUACUUUCAGCUCGUCUUUCCUCAAACUGCAUGCAGUCACUUCAGUUUGUCCCACUUCAYCAGUCAUCUGUGUGGAAACUAAAAAGGAAAAAAAAAAACAGCUCAUGAACUAUGAUUUUCUUCAUGUUUUUACUGCUUUUUGUUCCAGAUGUGUUGUUCUCCGGAGCGCAUGUUGCAGUCAUCUCCCCUCAGGACCCCAUCCUGCAGAUCGGCUCCAGUUUGACAGCGAMCUGCACGCUGGGCCCUGAGCUCGGUCUCCACCCCGGCUCGUUGUAUUGGACCCUGAAUGGGGUCCGCCUGCCCAGCAGCACCUACAGCAUCUUGUCCUCCAGCGCCCUGAGUGUCACCGUGCACAGCCUGGGUGGCUCCCAGCAGCAGUCAGGAGACAACCUGGUGUGUCACGCUGCAGAUGGACGGGUCCUGGCUGGAUCUUGUCUCCAUGUGGGCAUGCCUCCAGAAAAACCAAUAAACCUGACCUGUUGGUCCCACAAUGCGAAGGACUUGACCUGCAAGUGGAAGUUGGGUGGGCGGGGUGAGAGCCACAUUCAAACCAAAUACAYCCUCAAGUACAAACUGAGGUGGCAUGAAAGAGUAAAGGAGUGUGAAAACUACAGCUUGAAGAAGCAGGAUUAUUUCUGCUACAUCUCAGGAAACAUGGCCCUUUUCACCCCGUACCUGAUCUGGGUGGAGGCAACCAAUCAGCUGGGGUCAGUGACCACUGACAUCAGCUCGCUUGACAUCCUCGAUGUUGUGACCACAGACCCUCCUGCUGAUGUGCAGGUGAGUCGUGUUGGCAGCCUCGAGGACCAGCUGAAGGUCCGAUGGACCAGCCCACCCGGGCUGAAAGACAUCCUGUUUCAGGCCAAAUAUCAGAUCCGUUACAGACUGGAGGACGGCGCAAACUGGAGGGUGGUGGAUGAUGUUGGAAAUCUGACGUCCUGUCGGCUGGCGGGCCUCAAGCCCGGAACCGUCUAUUUUGUCCAGGUGAGGUGCAACCCUGUGGGGAUCUUUGGCUCCAGGAAACCUGGAAUCUGGAGUGAGUGGAGCCACCCUACUGCUGCCUCCACACCCACCAGACAUGAGCUGCUGCAGAGUGCCUCCUGUGAUCCUAAAGCCAGCGAGCAGAACUCCACCCUGCGGCGAGAGCUCAAGCAGUUCUUCGGCUGGCUCCGAAAGCACGCCUACAGCUGCAGCGGCCCGUCCAUCAAACAGUACGACCAGUGGAGAGUGUGGCUGCAGAAACCCCACAAAGCCCGCAUCCAGCUUGUCCAAGGCGAUAAYUCAUAACACGUUGAGAUCACCACCACAAAACACAGACUGAAGAACUGGAGACUACCAGCUGACAGAUUUGUCCCGAACAACUUAGCACCUGUGUGGAAAACGUCCCUGACAUAAAGUAGCCUGAGCCUGCUGAUCUUACUGUUAAAAUCUGGUGUUUGUUUGCAASAGAAAACAAAAAAUUCAGGCCUGAAAUGAUGACUCAUCAUGUUCGCUUUCUCUGAAAUGAAUCUUAAGAUGAAUACCUUAGUUUAAAAUAAACUCUAUUAAAGGAAGAUAUUUAUAAAGUACUGGUUGAAGUAAAACCUUGUUUUAUAAAGUCUCUUUAUUUAAAAAAUACAAAUCAUGAAGUAAAUAAAAAAAUCACUGUGUGCUUUUUUUUACAUAUUUUAUCACAGCGUAAACAGAAAGUCUUGUAUUUUGUUGAAGCAAUGCAGGAACACAAACACACGACCGCACAUA